AGUGCUCACUCCUUCACCCUCUUCGGAGCUCUGCUCAACUGCCACUUUCUCGGUGUUCAAUGCCUUGAACAACGUCUGACUCUUAGUAGUUGUUCAACAAAAUUUGUUGAAUGAAUGAAUAACUGAAUUCAGACGGGACAAAAAAUUUAAUGGAUGGGUAUUUGGCUUUUUGUGCCUAGUUUCCCAAUACGACGCCCAUCUUUAUUGGGACUUUAUAUCAAGCACUGUUGGCGAGGGCAAGGAUGACAACAAGCAUUCUCUCAUACAUCGUGGGCGGGAGUAUACAAACCUCUUUGCAAAGCUAUUCGACAAUAGCUAUCAAAAUCUAAAAUGUACAUUUGGACCCCCAAAUUUCUCUACUACAAAUUUACCCAAAGGAAAUAAUGACAUAUGUGCAAAGCAUUGCAGUAUUGUUUGUUGGGUGAAAACACGAGGCAGGGACUUCAGCCUCCGCUUAGAAUGUAGAAAGCUGGAAAAACCAUCCUUCUCCUUUCUACUACAAAAAUAACGCUGGACAACCUCCUGUCGUUUUUAUAUUAAAAAAAAAAAAAAAGUUAAACCGAGCGGCACGUAGACUCCGUGAGGCAGGUGAGAGCCGAGCCCACCGUCUCGUUUCCGAAAUCCAGAGGCCUCAGCGGCAAAUUAAACUCUAAACGAACCUCAGUUCGGCAAACGUUUCCCGCGGCUCUUCAGCCCGGCUCGGACCUCCCCCAGGUCUUCCGGAAGCUUCGGUUUCCUGGGGCUGGGCUCCGCUAGGUCUAGGAUCAGAUUCACAUCUCACAUUCUAGAUUCCUCCUCGGCCUUGUCCUUAACAAAGACAAACCGCGCGGCACCGACCAGCGCUGCAAACGCCCCGCGGAAAACCGGCGCGCGCUCCCGUAGCUGCCCGCGCGCCACUGCGACGCAGCCCGGAAUCCCCGGCCCUGAGGAGAAAGCCUGCGGGGACUGCAGAGCCCAGCCACCAUGAGUGAAAUUCCUAAGGAAUCCUUGAAGGCCAUCCUGUUGGAGUUAGAAUGUCACUUCACAUGGAAUUUACUGAAGGAAGACAUCGAUCUGCUUGAUGUGGAAGAUACAAUUGGGCAACAGCUUGAAUUUCUUACCACAAAAUCCAGACUUGCUCUUUAUAACCUAUUAGCCUAUGUGAAACACCUAAAAGGCCAAAAUAAAGAUGCCCUCAAGUGCUUAGAACAAGCAGAAGAAAUAAUCCAGCAAGAACACUCAGACGAAGAAGAACUACGAAGUCUGGUCACUUGGGGAAACUAUGCCUGGGUAUAUUAUCACAUGGAUCAGCUCGAAAAAACUCAGAAGUAUAUAGACAAGGUAGAGAACGUCUGUAAGAAAUUGUCCAGUCCUUCUGACUACAUGUUAGAGCGCCCUGAGAUUGACUGUGAAAAAGGAUGGGCACUCUUGAAAUUUGGAGGAAAGUAUUACCAAAAGGCUAAGGUGGCUUUUGAGAAGGCUCUGGAAGCAGAACCUGACAAUCCAGAAUUUAACAUUGGCUACGCCAUCACAGUAUAUCGGCUGGAUGAUUUUGACAGAGAAGGGUCCGUAAAGAGCUUUUCUUUGGGCCCUCUGAGGAAAGCUGUUACCCUGAACCCAGAUAACACCUACAUUAAGGUUUUUCUGGCACUGAAGCUUCAAGAUGUACAUGCAGAAGCUGAAGGGGAGAAGUAUAUUGAAGAAAUCCUGGACCAAAUAUCAUCCCAGCCUUAUGUCCUUCGUUAUGCAGCCAAAUUCUACAGGAGAAAAAACUCCUGGGACAAAGCUCUUGAACUUUUAAAAAAGGCCUUAGAGGUGACACCAACCUCUUCUUUCCUGCAUCACCAGAUGGGACUUUGCUACAGGGCACAAAUGAUCCAGAUCAAGAAAGCCACACGUAACAAGCCUAAAGGAAAGGAUAAAUUGAAGGUCGAAGAGCUGAUUGCAUCCUCUAUAUUUCAUUUCAAAGCUGCCGUGGAACGGGACUCAAUGUUUGCAUUUGCCUAUACAGACCUGGCCAACAUGUACGCAGAGGGAGGCCAGUAUAGAAAUGCUGAAGACAUUUUCCAGAAAGCCCUUCAUCUGGAGAACAUAACCGAUGAUCAUAAACAUCAGAUCCACUACCACUAUGGCCGCUUUCAGGAAUUUCACCGGAAAGCAGAAAAUACUGCCAUUCAUCAUUAUUUAGAAGCCUUAAAGGUCAAAGGCAGAUCGUCCCUACGUAGCAAACUGACAAGUGCUCUGAAGAAAUUAGCUACCAAGAGACUUAGUCACAAUGCCUCAGAUGUGCAGAGUUUAAGUGCCCUGGGGUAUGUUUAUAAGCUGGAAGGAGAAAAGAGGCAAGCUGCUGAGUACUAUGAGAGGGCCCAAGAGAUAGAUCCAGAAAACACAGAAUUCCUUACAGCUCUCUGUGAACUUCGACUUUCUAUUUAAAUACAUACUCUAGGAAAUUAGUUCUAGGUUUUCCCACACAUUUUGUAUUUUCAUAUUUGUUUGUUUAUUGUUUUAAUCCAUUGUUCUUUAUAGAGCCAAUAUUUAUUUAAUGGUUACUGUGUACUAGGCAAUAUGCUAAAUACUUUAUUUACAUUAUGAUGAAUCUUUUGCCAUUUUAUCCUUUUUAUUAAAUUAAAAUAGUAUUCUCCAUUAAGAAACAGCAACAUUUCAGCUGUUAAAUUUUUAAAAAUGGUAUGGCCAUUAUGACUUUAUACCUUUAUCUCUGCUAUUUAUGAUAAUUUUCUGAUUAAAUUUUGUUAAAUUUCCCAUAGACUCAUUUAUGCAGUAAAAUCCUAGAUGAACUUUUGACACCUAGAUCAGGAACACUGAGGAGUGCAAAAUUAUGUGGUUUGCAAAAGAUAGAACCUUCCUACAGUUACAUAUGUUCUGACUUUGAUCAGGACAUUUAACCAUCAACCUGAUAGUCAUCUAAAAGAAUUUUGUUGGAAAAAAAGUUCACAUUAAUAAAGUUUGUCAUCUCUGAUGAUCUCAAUAAAAGUAAAAAAAAAAAAAAAAAAAAAAAAAAAGG